AUGCUGCAGGCUUCAAUGUCUUCCUCCUCCUCCUCAUCUCGAGGUGCCAUCAGUCUCUUUCCAACUUCUAGUGUCCAUGACCACACUCUCUUAGCAAAAUCAGGACUAUCGUCAUUCCCUCAUGAAGAAAUGAACAGUAUUAGAGCGUAUUCACCUUCAUCAAACACGAUUAAUCUUGUAAGUGAAGUAACAUCUGUAUCAUCAUCAUUUACUUCAGAAGCUCCAGGGUUUCGAUCGGCGUCUUUACCUCAUUGGUCAGCGUCCCCGUUAACGCCUCGAUACUUGACAGCAACUACACAUCAUCAUCAUCAACUGCCACCAUCACCUCAUGGCGUUUUGGUUACUCGUUUGGUUACUGGAUUGGGGAGACCAAGUACGGAAGCUGUUGGAAAUGAGGUGGAGGAGCAAAGUUACAGCAAUGGCUACAGUGAUGCUACGUCGGCUACAUCAAUGAUACCUGAAACUACAUGGAGAAUGGAGAUGGGGCUAACAGGUACAUGUAGUAGAUUUGGGGGACAAAUCAAUGCUGUGACAGCUGAGAGCACUGGCGUCAAUUGUGGUGGUACUGCGAUGACGGUGAGUACUUCCAUGACCACUUUACCGUUUUCAAUGACACGUCCAUUCAUGAUUCCACCACCUCCGUCACCAUCACCAGCAGUCCCGGUAGUGAUUGCAAAGUCUAGCGCAGCAGCACCGACCAGGAAGCGCAAAAGGCUUCCAGGUGCGCUGCGAAUGCGCAAUUUUUUGUGCAUGCAUCCUGGAUGUGGUAAGUCGUUCAUGGACAGUGCUCAUCUAAGAGAUCACACGGUUGUGCAUACGGGUGAAAAGAAGUUAAGUUGUUCAAUCUGCCAAAAAUUAUUUGCACGAGCAUCGACGUUGCAAGAACACAAUCGUGUGCACACAGGCGAGAAACCUUAUGUCUGUGGCGUUCCUGGCUGUAGCAAACGUUACUCGUCACGAGCUGCAAUGCGGUUUCAUCGCACUACACACGCUCCACAGCUAUCAUCCACGGCAAGUUUGGAUAGCAGCAUACACGCAGAAAAUGCUGCCGAUGCCGCUCAAGUACAAAUCUUACAGACAUCGCCGUAUGUGUGCUCGAAAUGCGGAAAACAUUUUCGUGUGCAAAGAUUGUUAAUGGCCCACUUAAAAACACAUACCACUCACCGUGCUGCUGCGCUCACCUCUUUGGCAUCAUCUGGCUCAGCUACAACUGCUAUCAACGAAGUAGAAAGAGUUGAAGAGGACGUAAGUACAGUUCGUCGGCAGAUGGAGAAUGAAGAGAGCUCUCACGCUGUUAGCAUGCGACAGUCAGAUGAGAGCAUACAUUUUCAAGAUACGAUUCGAGCACAGCGAGAUCAGAUCAAACAAUUAAGGGCUGAGAUAUUACGGCUGCGUGGACAAACUUCCAUUGACCCUGCUGCAACGCCGGCUCAAACUGAAUCAGCUGUCAGUCAUCAGCUCGCGCUAACUGCUCCAGUAAAAAUGCUACAAGAUGGCUUCAAACCGUUUGAAUGCUGCAUCUGCAGCAACCGCUUUGCCAACUUCUAUCAGCUCACCUUUCAUGGCAAGCAGCAUCCAGAGGUGCCAAUGGCAGAAGUAACUGGGGGAGCAGAUUCCACUUCCUGUAGGACCCAAACAUUGCCCUGA